ACCUACUACUCGUCCUGGGUUCUCCAGUUUCACCGUUGAGAAACAUCAACAUAGUAACCCGGGAAAGGAGGCUUCAGCGAAGCGGCUGUGAACAUUAUUUUAAAAGGAAUCUCACCGCUAAUUUGGCUAUGUCGUUUUCCGAGAAAAGUCCGUAACAUUGAAUGUAUUUCUCAACAAAAAGUUGAAAGUUUAGUUGCUGUUUCGCCUCGAUAACAUAGGUUAGCUAAUGUUAGCCGGCUAACGCUAACGUUAGCAAACAGAGGGUUUAGCAAAAGUGAAACAGAAUUCAAAAGAAGUUUGGAGUUUAUCAUGAUAUGGACAUUGGUGUAGAUGUGGGCAUCUAAACACACCGAGUCGUUAUCUUACAGGUGAAUGGGAGAGAUGAGGAGCUGCAGGAGGACUGAAUCAUCUCUUAAAAGCUCUGCUCAGCUGUUAACUGGUCACAGUAUUAACACAGAGCUGACAGCUGCUUGGAAAAGUUUGGCUCAGUCCAAAGCUGCUCUGCGACACAUAGAAAACCAUUUAGAAGCCACCCCAAGAACAGGGGUUGUUCUGGACUCCGUUGAGGACUGCCUCAAGGAAAAAUCUUCCAGCACAACCUGCAGAAGAGAUGGCCAAGUUGAUGCCUCUUCAAAAGUCAGAGGUGGAAAUCAACAGAGUCCAGCAAAAAGCAGCUCACGCAGCCCCUUGAGAAAUACCACCCAGGACAGCAAUGUACGGAAGAACAGCAGCGUGGAGUUCAGGGAACCGCUGGCAUCUUACAGGGAGGCCACCCCUCCUUCACAUGCCCUCUCUCAGCUGGAAGCCUACAAUCUGCAGUCUGUGCCAGGGUCUUCAUACACAUCCUCUCCGCCUCACUCAGAUCGUCUGCCCAGCCAGCUGCUUUACCAGAGAGAGGCCGGGAACAACCAAAUCGACAGAGACCUGGACAGUACUCACUCCUCUGCACUGGAGUAUGAUGAGGUUCGCUAUCUCAAUGGCCAGUCAGCUCUGGACAUCCUAAAAACAGAGGAAAACGCUCGCAAAUCACAACUCGUUAUGGAUGAGUCAAGCCCAUGCAUAGGACCUACUCCGGGCUCUUCCCGCCGGGGGGAAAGUACGCCUUCUACCAGUCCUGGCUCUGCCUCCCAACGGUUGGAAAACCUAAAGCGACAUCAGCCAGAUGGUAAAUUGGAGAAGCUCAAAGAGCGCAUCAGAAGGCAAAGAAAACAUCUAGAGGAGGCAGCUGAGAGGGAAAAACAGCAGGGUCAAGUUGAAAAGCCCAUAGCUGCAGCUGUGGAGACUGACAGCGCCGGUAUGAGCACCAUGCCUAUAGUCAAGAUCCGUAAAGUAGCAGCUGCACCACCAGCACCCAUUUACAAAGGCUUCAACAGGGCUGAGACAAAAAUACAGACACCUGAUGGAAAAGUCUGGAGUGAACAGGAUUUCCAAAACCUAAGCAGAGACAUAUCCCGUCAUUUUCCUGAAAGCAGCAGGUCAAAGCAUCAGCAGCUAAAAGAACAAAGAACAGAAAGGUCCACUGAGAGGAGGCCACCCAAACUCAUCAGGAAGGUCCACAAACUUCCUACUGCCUCAGAUGUGAAUGCUAAACCAGUAACUGGUGCAGCAUCAUGGCGAGAGGGCCAAAAGCUGAUAAAGACAGUUCUGGGUCCAGGUCCCAAGCUACCCAGAGAGGAGCACAGUUCCCUUCCAGCUGGCAGACGGACACAGACAGCUUCCAGACACCACUCUGACCCGCACUCAGAACCAAACAGACGCUCUCGCCCGAACAGCACAGAGAGACCUCGUAGUGGAUCUCAAGAGCGACCCAGUAAUCACUCCACGAACACGUACUUGCCCUUGUCUUCAGCUCAGGACAAGGUGCCACUGAGGGUUAGCUCAGACCUGUUGUCAUCAGACAUCCAGGGAAUACUUGAUGACCUGCAGCUGGAUUGCCAAGCAGCUGAGGAGGAAGGGAGGGCCCGUAAAAGUUCCCGGGGUGGGAGUGCUGGAAGGAGAGGGAGAGCGGGUUCAGGUUCCCAAACAAGGAUGCCUGUCUCUGCUUGGGGACCUACUAGAGCAGCAAACAUCUCUUCACGAGGUUGCCGUAGUGCCAGCCCAACUGCACACCAUGCUGAUAACGAGAUCAAAGGGCAGAAGAAACGACACUACGAUGCAGAUGCGGUUCGUCAGUACCUCGCACGACAACAAGAGGAAAGGAAGAGACGUCAGGCAGAGGAGAAGAGAGCAAUGAAGGAAGAAGCCGAAAAGAGAAACCAGAGACUGCAGGAGCUCUACAAGAAGCAACGAGAAGUUGCUAAAACAGUACCCUCAUUCACUGAGGCGCUUGUGGCUCCUGUUCAAAAACGACUUCAGGAGACUUACAACAAACUGCUGCUGGAGGAUGCCCAACUGGGCGAGGAGGCCACACAGCAUGCUGCACGUUGCAGUCAGACGAGACCAGUGUAUCAGCCUUCAGGAGAGUCAGACAAAGAGAACAAAAGACUGGAGGUCCCCCAGAGCCCCUCAAGCAGUGACAAGUCUUUAAAUGAUCUAAUGCCACCUCAGUUAUCAAGGGAUGAUAUGGAUGUAGGAGAUGACUCUUUGUUUCGUGCAGAUCCUCCAAAUCCACCUGAUGGACCCAUAGCUGGCCCCAGCUGCGUUACCCCUUCCAAUGAACACCUGUUUUCUCAGCUUUUGAGGCUGGAGGCUGCAGUGGUUGCUAGCAAUAUUAAGUACACUGAACGGCCUGCCACAGCCCCUUUCAAAAGGUCACAGACCAAAAUGUCCAGAAUUGAAGCCUUAAAGGCCACAGCUAUGUCCCUCUCCAACCGCAUUGAGAAAGAGGCGCUGAAGUUUGCUGGACAGGGUAUCAACUAUGGUGCAGUGACUUCAGCGGAUGUUGAUUCUGUCCUGGCUUCUAGAACUCCAAAUGCUCAUCGGUUCUGGGCAGAAACAAAUACUCCGCCCACAAGAAAUGAUGACAUGUCUUUUAGGAUGCAUAGUUCAUAUAACAGCACAGCUCUUCCAGGAGCAGGCAACAUCCAUGAACUUAGAGGAAAGGCUCACACUGGGUUCACUAAUCCACAUGCAAUAUCUGCUGGUGUAACUGGGCCGACCUAUAAUGGUUUCACUCAAGAAAGGAAUAGGAUAGUGGGUAGUUUGGAAAUGAACGAGAGAACAGAGAAAGAAGCACUGAGGACAAAAGCUCACAAGGAAGACACUCGGGCUGAUCUCCACGAUUCGAGUGCUGGUUCCAUCAGUGAGGGUCCGCUUCUGAGUGAAGGUAGUUUUUCCGAGGAUGAGGGGAGCCCUCGCAAUAAUCUACCGAAGCAAGAUCACCUAGAGGCAGUGGGCUAUUUGGGAAGUCAACGAAAAGAAAAGCAGCGACUGUUUGAGUUCCAGAGGGAGGCAGCAAAGUGCCCGGCCCUGAGCCCCCCGUUUUUACAACACGACAGCAGCAGGGCACCCUGGGAGGAGCUGAACAAAGGAAGCCCCUUGAGUGUAAUCAACAUUUUUACUAGAAAUGCCCAUGGCCAUGUUAAAGUGAAUGAAAGAAAUUCUCAGAGGAAUUCUCCACCUGCCAGUUCUUUACACUCUGGAGCCAGCCCAGGCAGUGCAGUGGUCUAUGAAGAUGAUUUUGUUUCAUCACAUAGCAGCAAAGUCAGUGAACACAGAGGCUCCAGUUCACCAAGUCAAUCGCAGCAUCUUUCCCCUGGCUCGACACCUAACUCCUCACCUCUUUCCAGACAGUCUGGCAGAAGAAAAGGAACCAUAUCAGACCAGAGUGAUACAACUCUUGUUGAAGAGCAGAGGAAUUCUUGCUCUCCUCCUUCAGAAGAUCCAUCAUCAGACUACAGGAAGAGGGAAACGGGCAAAAGCUCUAGUCACACCCAGGACAAAAGUAUAAACUCUAAUGACACUUCAGGAGAAACAUCAGGACAUUCUCCUCAAAGACCCAGAUUGGCCUCUCCAUCUCGCUCCCCAGAACCCAGCUGUCCUACAGAAGCAGACUCUUUCAGUGGUCCAUUGAGAAAUGACACAAUUAAUCCAGACAUCAACACCUCAUUUUAUCCUAAUCAAACUGAGUCGAUGCCUACUGGUGAGUUGCAGUAUUCACCUGCUGUCUUGCAGCAGCAAAUGGCAGCAGAGCUGCACUACCUAGAGUCCAUUGAGGAGUCCAUCAAACAGCUGGGAGCUGUUGAGAGGAUGAUGGGUGUGUCCAUGGCACAACAGGAGAGUGUGUCAUUGGCCCAAAUGCUCCGGGCCAAGCAGCAUCUUCAUGAGCGUGAAAUUUAUGAGUUGAAGAUCAAAGCUGAAAGAGAAGCUCUUGAGACCAAGCUACAGCAGGAAGAAAACAGACAGAGAGUUGCCAUGGCUCAUAUGGAACUACAGGAAAGCUUCGCAGCAUCACAAAAAGAGCCUUUGGAAAAAUUCCAGGAAUCAACUUAUAAGAUGAGCCAACAGGCUGAGGCAGCACGACACACAGCAGAUGCUGCCCGACACAUUAUAGAGGUUAACAACAACAAAGAUGCUGCGUACAUGGAUGACAAAGCGGAGAGUACAUCAGUGGCCACAGAUUACUCACUGAAGUUUGAGGAGUCCAUGACAGAAGAUGAGAUCGAGGAGCGCUCCUUCCGCUCUCUGCUUCCAUCUGAGGCACAUCGCCGUGGAACUUUGGAGAAGAAGUCCCGUCAUGAGGAAGCAGAUGAUUAUGAUGCAGCCAAUCACAAUGCAUCAACAAUGUCUGGGUCACACAGUACCGUUAAGAAUGCACACAUACCCUUCUCUGAUGGACAGGACAGCUUCUCUCAGUUCACCAUGGAAAUGGUUCGUCAGUACAUGAAGGAUGAGGAGGUCAGACUGCAGCACCAGAGCUCUCUGCUGCAUCUACGGCAGAAAGCUCUGAAGGAGAAAACCAGAGCAGAGAUGGCUUGGCUUGAACACCAGAAAAAGAAGCUCAGAGACAAGGGUGAGGAUGAUAAAAUGCCGCCUAUCCGGAAGAAGCAGAGGGGCCUUCUUCUUAAACUGCAGCAGGAGCAGGCUGAAAUAAAGCGACUCCAGGAGGCCAACAAAGCAGCAAGAAAAGAAAGGCAGCUGUUGCUGAAACAUCAGGAGGAGAUUGCACGAAUGAGAAACACAACACUCAGACUGAAGGAGUGUCUCAAGUGUGCUGAGGGUCAAACUCCACCUGAAACUCCAGUUUCUGAACCUCCUGGGUCAGAAUCAACUUCCCCCAGUGUCAGGCUUGAAGAUGAAAUGCGCAGCGCCUCUCCGUCGCUCUCCGUCUCUGGCAGUGAGACCAGCAGCAUCAUGCAGAAGCUUAAGAAAAUGAGGUCUCACAUGGAUGAAAAACACUGUUCCCCUGUCCACUACUUCUUCUCUGUGUUCACUGCCCACCACUGGGCCUCCCUCAGUGUCUGUCUUCCCAACCUCCACCCUAAAUUCCAGCUCUUUAUCUACAACCAGUUGGUCAGGUUCCUGACCAAGCGAGAGCAGCAGCUAAUGCAAAGGCGUCACCAUGCCGAGGAGCUGCUACAGUGGAAACAACGAUUGGACCAAGAGGAGGCAGAGGUCCGUAGGAUGGAGAAAGAGGCUCUGGCUGUUUGGGACAAAAAGAGAGACCACGACACACCUCAUGAUUUGUUUGAGAAGCAAGGAGAAGAGAUCACCGACAUUAGCUCGCACACCAGUCACUUUGAGACCAAAUCUGACAGUGAGAAAGAGCUUGUAAGUGAGGACAGCCAUUCCUCGGUGACAACUGAGUCCAGUUUAAACCCAGAGAAACCAGCCUCUCAGCAGCUGGGAGGUCCAGCAGGCUCAGCACAACCUGCUCCAGCCUCUGAAACCUCUUUGGCCUCCAUUCAGACCAGCCUUGAAGAUUACACUCAGGACUUUACCUCAGAGUCACCGCCACCCGGCAGUAAAUCAUCUCUCCUCAAAGCCGGUUAUAGCCCUGCUGCGUCUUCAGAAGGCAGCGGUACAACCAAGAUGCAACUCCGUUCCACCUCCCAGACACCAAGUGAGGUUCUCCCUCAGCCUCUCGACUCCCCCACAGCCACGCAGUCUGAGAACAUUUCAGACCAGAGCGAUAUUGAGGGUCGUAUCAAGGCACUGAAAGAAGAGCUCAGAAGACGGAAAUUUAUGGCCUACCAGCUGAAGAAGGAGCAGAAGAAACGUCACAAGGAGCGGCUGAAAGCUCAGGAGGCGAGUCUGUUGAAACAGCUCGAGAACUAUAACAACUUUAUUGAGAAAACAAAGGCGGAACUAAGCGAGGAACUGGAUUCCUCACCUGAAGCCAAGCCGCAAGUCAAAGAUUUCAACUUGGUUUUGGAGCAGUCCUCUACUAAACCUCCUCUACACGGGUCUGAAACCCAGAGAAGCUCUGACAGGACACUAGUCGAUGCAUCAUUAGAUCACAGUACCUCCCCUCAGCCUAACCACGUCAGAUCUGCUUCUGAAACGCUCCCUGAAGACUCUUUAACUCCGGCUGACCAGAACAGACCAGAGCUUGCAACACCAGAGCAGAGGAGCCACCAUUCAGACUCUAUUUUAACUCCUUUGUCCAAGGUGGAGUCUGAGGAUCAGAACAUCAUGUCUGAACUUGGAUCUGAAAUUCAGGAGGAGUUGGACGUGGAAGUAAGCUCCAGGUCCGCGGACGAACAUUCUCACCAUCUUCUUAUAAUUGAUAAAGAACGCACACUUGAUUCCCAGGAGAACCUUGCUACACCUGAACAUGUUUCCCUGGCUUUAGAUGAAGAACAUGAUGGUUUUACACCAGAGAAAUUAGAGCAGAAUGCACAAACGAAGCAAAGUAAAAUAUCUGAAGCAGAAGAAGCUUUUGCGCCAAACACUGACGCCUCUCCUGCUGUGGAUCUGGAAGUUUCACCACAUUCAAGAAACGCCUCUUCAUCCAGUGAGCACCCCCACUCUCCUAAGUCAGUAGCUUCCUUUUCAAAUAAGGAAGUGAUCAUGAAGGACAGUGAUGUUUCUCUUACAGCGGAUGGUUAUCACUAUGACUUUGAGUCGAUGAGUUCUUCACCCACAGAAAAGCCUAAAUCCAAACCUGAGUUGCAUGACGACCACAAUGAUGUGGUAGAGGAAGACAUACCAGAGGAGAUGAGUCAGCGUUCUGAUGUAAGUGAGCAAAGCAAUCAGUCAGAGAUGCUAUUAGAUCUCCACCAACACAAAGGAGAUGAGGAUGAAAAGGAGGCUUUUUCCAGCCAAGAGCCAUCCAUCACUCUUCAGCAGACGUCUCCUCUGGCUGUUAAAGAUGAAAUGCCAGGUUUUACCAUCGGAGAUCGAGUUCUUGUUGGGGGUUUUCAGUCUGGCACUCUCAGGUUCAAAGGGCCAACCCGUUUUGCCAAUGGCUUCUGGGCAGGCGUGGAAUUGGACCAAUCAGAGGGCAGCAACAAUGGCACGUAUGAUGGAGUGGUGUACUUCCAGUGUGAGGAGUGCCAUGGCAUCUUUGCUCCUCCAGACAAAAUCGCACACCUUCCAGACAAGUUUGAACUCUAUGCUGGUACCGUGGAGGACGAGGACUUGUUCUUUGAAGACUUGCCUAAUAAAAGUGGGAAUAAACAGAAAAAAGUGAUUUCCCUAAAACAAGAAAAUGUGGAAAACAAUAAUACGAAAGUGUAUCCUAAAGAUUGUGAGCAUAGGGAUACAAAGGUUACAGAGAAGGGCAAUCAAGCUCCACGUAAGGAAAAAUCCCACUUGAAUUCCCAACUACCCAAAGAAUUAACACAUCUGAUUUCUAAUGGAAACACAGAUGACAUAAGUUUAGAUUUAGGCAAUACAUCACAUGCUUUAAUCAUCUCAGACAUGGAUGAAGGUGAGCUAGUGAAGCAGAACAACAAGGAGACAACCAUCAGUGAGAGAAAUCAUUCAGAUUCUCAGAAACCUUCAAGUCCUCCUGAUUUUGCCCCAAAAAUCAAUGAUAAAGAACAACAGAACAAAGAUUUGCUCAACUCAUUCUCAGAUAAACUCAUCCACAACUUUGUCAAAGACGCCGUUCAGCAGUUUGCUGACAUCAAAAAAGUUAAAGAGCAGAAGAUCAAAACUGCCAACGCUUUGAACGGAGACUUGUUUGGUGAAAAUAACGAGGACGAAAGUUGGAUCUUUUCUGUCAAACAAAAGGAUGAUCUGCCCUUUUUUUUACCAGUGGAAAAAGAAAAGCUGUCCUCUCCAGAGCUCUGUAACCAACCAGAGAGCCCAGUUUUGGGAGCCAGUGGUCAGGAGGAGCUUGCUAAGCGUUUAGCAGAGCUUGAACUGAGCCGUGAGUUGGUGGAUGAUUUUGGUGAUGAUCAGGACUGGUUUGAUGAGGACUUUGGCCUUAGUUCACGUAGAAAACAGCAAAAACAGAAAGAAGAGGAGGCAAAGCUGGGAUGUGAACGUGGGAAGUCACCUGGACCACUCAUGGGAGGGAUUGUUUCAUCACUAGGUGGAGAACCGCAGAUGAAAACUCCACCUAGGCCUGAGCUGCCUCUCCCCUUGCCUCCCAAACUUCCUGAGCAGCCUGCCAUGGUUGUGCCCCAUUCAGCCAAAGAGGUGGAGAAAAUGAUCUAUGCUGCCACACUGGAGAUCUGGGAAGCCUACGACCUGGGGAGGGAGGGAGCUCCAACUCUUGAACAUCUGCCAAACCCAACUCCUUCUUUGGAUUAUCUUGGGAAAGGAUCUAACAACAAAGACCAGGACGCCAUCUCCAGCCAUAGUUACAGAAAGGCCGUGUUUGAUCUAACGUGGGAGAUACUUCAGGAGAUCUACGCUGAAGAUCCCAACACUGAUCAGCCUCAGUGGGUCAAACCACGUCAAGCCAAGUCCUCCUCCAUCCACAGAGUCAAGACGUCUGGAGAUGUCAACACAGUCCAGGAAUUUGUUACAGCAGAAGUCCUGAAGCUGUAUGGCCUGACCCGAGAUCAGAACCAGAAAAGUGACUGGCAGAAGAUGCUCAAAUUUGGCAGAAAGAAGCGGGACAGAGUCGAUCACAUUCUGGUUCAGGAGCUCCACGAGGAAGAGGCCCAGUGGGUAAACUAUGAUGAGGAUGAACUGUUUGUCAAGCUGCAGCUGGCAGACAGCAUCUUUGAUGCUUUGCUGAAGGACACAGCCGAUGCCUUCACACUCAUUUCUAAUAAGAGAGCCAAAAGAGGCACGCUCUCUUGACCACAUAGCAUUUAGGACACUUGUUUUUUUUUUCUCACCUCCUUGAAAUCCAAACAACCUUGUGCACCUUCGGACUCCACCAGCUCAUUUUCCAGCAGCAACCCUCUGAGGCCUUCAGUUCCAGUGUUUCCUGUCUGUGACGUUCUUGUGCUGAAUUUGCUUCAGCCAACUGUAGUCUUGGUUAAAUUGUUUGACACACAAAACACCUCUGAAGUGAUCCAGCCUUUCUAAACCUGGACACCUUCUAGUCUCAGAUCUCACCUCCUGGGCCUGGUCCUUGAGUUGAGUGUGCUGAUGGGACGGACUGAGCAGUCAGUAAGCAUGAGAGAGUCCAUAAUUGCUGCUAAGCUUAUUACUCCACUGUGGACAUUAAUAUAACAUCCACUCAGAACAGCAAUAUACUGUUAAAUUUGAAGUCUUACAAAGAGGCUGAAACAAAAGUAGCAAUGACUACAUAGUGCAAUUCAUGUUUUUAAUGGUAAAAUUUGGGAUUUCAUGUCCAUAUUCGGUGGCAAUCACAGCCUUUUCUAUUCACCAUCCUUUUAUUUGAUCUGAGCUGACAGAUUUGUGUCUGCAACAGCAGCACACCACGUGCUGAAGGUAAAUAAAUGAACAUUUUGGCUCUAAAGUCUUAUUUGUUUUCACCAAGAUGCUAAUUGGCAUUAGUGUUUUGCUACAUUGGAGGUGUGUUAGAAACAUCCCAACGAAGGUCACUCAAUGUGAACAUGAAACCCUUCCUUUGUUAUUGAUUACAGAUAUGGUGAGACUGCACUGUGGGGAUACGUGGAACUUUUUUCAUCCUUAAAUUAUUUAUUGUUGGAAAGUGUUGGAUGAAAGGAGCUUUCUGAAUUGUAAACGAUCUCAUCAACAAAUUGAAACGAUAUUCUUUAACCCUUGUGUUGAGAAAAUCUAAAAUCAUUGAUAAAGCACAAAUCUUAAUGUGAAUAUAACAAUACCUUAUGUGGGAGAAAUCAGAGAAAGGAGAAAAUGUUCAGUGUUUUAAGUUUUAAAAUUAAUCGUUAUCUGAGAUUGUUUGUGCAACGCUAUUUUUGGCCACAAUUGUCUAUAGGUGGUCAAUGCAAUCACUGCGUCCCACUUCUGUGUUGUAACCAACUACACUUAUAGGUGGAUAGGAAAUAACCUGAAAUCACAUCAAAUUGAGCAAAUGUUUAGGUUUUUAAGAGUUUGGGUGACAGUGUAGUGGUGAAGUAUGGAAGUGGGACACAGAAGGCUUGGUAAAAGACUUGACUUGAUGUAUAUAUGUUAUAAAUGAAACCGUAUUGAAAUGCUGGGUUUGAGCCUCUCUGGAGCUAAAGUUCAUUUGUUUUCUCAGACCAUAGAAUCCAUGUGUUUCUGUAUCACUGUGGUAGGGGUCUGUAGCAGAGCGUUUGUGCAGAAACUCGACCGUUUUGGAGCAGCACAGUUGCAUGCUCUAUCUGUUGUGGAACAUUGUGCUUUACAUCAAUCAGCAAGCUGAAACAAGCCUUAUAACUCACCCCAACAGUGUACUCUUAACGGUAGUUCCUGUCCAUGUUCCAUUUAAGUGCCUCUUUAAGUUCCACUUCACUUAUUAGUAAUUAUGUUGGAUCUCUCAACAUCUUUCGGACCUGUUUCUUUGGUUUCUGCUGUAAAUAACCUACAAAUCGCUGCUCUUUCUUCUUGCCAGCCCUUCAGUUCUCUGCCUUAUCUCUCUUUUUCAUGCCUUUACCGUAACAAUAUAGUGAAGGUUUUCCAAACCCUCCCACGCCUCAGCGAGAGGAAGUGUUUGACCAAAACAAGACUAAACAUUACCUGCUGUUUAUAAAGUCUACUGUACGCAUGUGGACACAGGUUAUGAUUAUAUUAAUGUACUUUGAGGAGCUAGUUUCUGGACAGAGCACACGCAGGAGUGGCUCCAGCCUGCCGGUUGGACCGUGUGAGUCAUUGAGCAGGUGUAGCUGAGCACGUAUCUAAGGGCUUAUUUACAUCCACUGUCACUGCUGCUUUGAUCCAACUAAACUUGUAGAAACGCUACGGUGAGCUCGCUGCUCCUCAGCGACUGUUUUCAAACAAAAGUGACCUUAAACUCUAUUUUUCUUCUUCUGCCAAUGUUGUAACUGUUUCUAAGGUGUUCAGAAAAACAUUUGAUACCGAUAUCUUCAUGCUGUAGGACUUGUAAGUCUGGUCUAAAGGCACAUGCAACUUUAGUGGCGACGUGAUUCGUAUUUUAGAACGAUUUUCUGCAAAGCUUUAUUGAAAAAUCCAAGUAUUGUCCUUUAAAUUGAUUGUAAGUGGGAUGAAGUAGAGUCUUCCUUCUGUAACUAUGCAGUACCUGCUCGUCCUCAAUGUUUUAAUGUGCAGGCUGAACAGCUUUAGCCUCUGCUGUAGUUAAAGAAAUUGUCUCUUAGCUCUGAGCUGUUCGCUGUAGAUCCACUGAUCUAAGGUCAGCUUUCUUUAUAAGGCAAUAGAAUAGUAAAAUAUUUGGCUUAAUUAGGAAACCAUAUUAAUAUUGAUACAAAUUAUUUAUCAAAUAGAUCACCCCAUUCUGAAAGAUUUUGACUAUUUAAUAAUAAUGUCCAGUUGUUUAUUUCUCUAAUGGGUGUAAAUAUGCUGUCUGUCCAGUUUGACCCUCUUGUUACUGUAACCAUGAAGAUGUAAAAUAAACAUUGUUUACUUUGCAAAUAUGUACAUAGUAUAUAUUUGUUAACUAAAUGGAAUUUGAAACUGUAAAUAAAGUUGUUUGUACAGGAA